UCGCUGGCCCCGCCGUGCGCAGGCAGAAUACACAUGGGCGACGACUGACCCACGGUCACGGAUCGUCGUCGUCGCUGCGCGUUGCUGCUGCUCCUGCUAAAAGUGGAGCGCUGGAGUUUCAGGCAGGAGGGGGUGCCAUCAGAGCUGGAGCUGGACUGGAUGGCAAGCGUUCGGAUCCGCAGGGAGAACCGCGGGAGGCGUUGAAGGUCUCGCUCUCGCGCCGCUGCACCACUUCCUCGACCUCCAUUCUGCUUCACGCCCUAGGCAGGAGAGCCACCCAUCGCCGGUCGAGCUUGCAAGUUGCAAGCAUGGAGCUGGUGACGGGUGCGAUGGGGAGCCUGCUUCCCAAGCUGGGCGAGCUGCUCAAGGAGGAGUACGGCCUGCAGAAGGGCGUGCGGAAGAAGAUCGAGACUCUCUCACGGGAGCUCGAGGCUGCGCAUGCCGUCCUCCGCAAGAUCGGCGACGUGCCACCGGAGCAGCUCGACGACCUUGUCAAGCUCUGGGUGCGCGAUGUCAGGGAAUCAUCUUACGACAUGGAGGACAUCGUCGACACGUUCCUGGUGCGCGUCGAUGAUGGCGCAGAGCCUGCCGACCCACACAGGCUCAGGCGCCUCCGGAAGAAGUUGGGCGGUCUGUUCAAGAAGAGCAAGGCUCGCCGAAAGAUCUCUUGCCUGAUCCAGGAGAUCGACGAGAAGCUUGACGAGGUGGCAGCAAGGCAUGGUAGGUUCACCGUCGACAGCAUUGUCGCCAAGCCUGCAGCUGCGACGACCAUCGAUCCUCGAAUUCGGAAUCUGUUCAAAAGGGCAACGGAGCUUGUUGGCAUCGAGGGGCCAAGGGAUGAGCUCAUAAACAUGCUGUCCCUAGGGGGUGAUGUUGAUAUGCCCCGUAAGAAGGCGAUGAAGGUCGUCUCGGUCGUUGGAUUCGGAGGGCUGGGCAAGACCACUCUUGCCAAAGCUGUCUAUGACAAGCUUAAACUGCAUUUCGAGCGUAGUGCUUUUGUUCCGGUGGGUCGGAACCCUGACGUGAGGAAAGUCCUUAGAGACAUUCUCAUUGAUCUUGACAGGGGAAAGUAUGCCAAUUCAGAUUUGAUGGUGCUGGAUGAAAAGCAGCUCAUGGAAGAACUUGAGGAAUUCGUCAAGGAAAAGAGGUGUUUCAUUGUUAUUGACGAUAUAUGGGACAAGGAAUCAUGGAAACUCAUCAGAUGCGCUCUGCAGGACAGUAAUUGUGGAAGUAGAGUAGUCGUAACAACUCGUAUUUGUGAAGUGGCUGCACAUGCAGACGAAGCUUACAAAAUACAACCACUUUCUCGUGACAACUCUGAAAAUUUAUUGUAUGCAAGAAUAGCUGAUGGUGAAGGGAAGUACUUUGAUAGUCCAUCUGCUGAGGCGUGUUACAAAAUUUUGAAGAAAUGUGGUGGUGUGCCAUUAGCUAUCAUUACAAUGGCCAGUUUGUUAGCCAGUAAACCAUGGGAGGAUUGGUCUGACGUCUACAACUCUAUUGGUUUUGGGCAGGGAGGCAAUGAUGAUGUAGAUAAUACUAGAAAGAUAUUGUCUUUCAGCUAUUAUGAUAUGCCUUCACAUCUAAAGCCUUGCUUACUGUACCUAAGCAUAUUUUACGAAGAUCAAGUGAUAAGGAAAAAUAGUUUGAUAUGGAUGUGGGUAGCUGAAGGUUUCGUCCAUGAGGAACAAGCAGCAGGCAUUGGAUUAUUUGAGCUCGGGGAGAGGUACUUCAAUGAGUUGAUAAACAGAAGCAUGAUCCAGCCAGUGGGUAUAUUUGAUGAAGGGUAUGUAAGUGGUUGCUGUGUUCACGAUAUGGUUUUUGAUUUGGUCCGUUCAUUAUCGAGCCAAGAAAAUUUUGUCACUGUACUGGAUGGCAAGGAUGAGCGGCAGAAACUUCCGGGAAGAUCAGUUGCUCGCAGGUUAGCCCUGCAGGGUAUCAAAGAGCACAGAGGUGAUCAACUGCUAGCUAAUAUUGCUGUGGAUAAAGUCAGAUCCUUUAUUGCCAGUGAGUGCAAUUUUAGUCCGUCAUCACCCCCAUACACUCCAGUUUUACGUGUAUUAGAUAUUGACUUCGGGGAAAAGGUAAUCGGAGGUACGCUGGAUCAUCUUGGGAGUUUACUUCACCUCAGGUACCUCCGGCUAGCAUCAUUGUCAUAUAAUUUCGAACUGCCCAGGGAAGUGAGAUAUCUCAAGUUUCUGCAGACACUGGAUUUAUCGAGAUUCUGCAUAAAUGAGCUGCCCGAGGAGGUAGGACUGCUAACGCAACUGGUUUGCCUACGUGUUUGUCCGGGAACAAGGAUUCCGGAUGGUUUGAUAGGUAAACUGACCUCGUUGCAAGAGCUGCUGAGAUGGCCGGUUGUUAAUGAUGAUUAUGAUGAUGCUAGAAGAAUGCAGUUUGUGAAGGAGCUGGGCAUGCUGCGGGAACUGAGGGUGCUCUGGACUGAAAUUUUUGUCAGGGAUGAGAGCAAGGCGAGAGCUUUGCUGGAGUCCCUAGGCAAUCUGCACAAUAUCCGGAAGAUGCACAUUGAGGGCUUACCGCUAUAUGUUGUUAAGAGCAUGACGAGUCAUAAAGGAUUCAUCACCUGUCGUCAUCUCCAAUACCUGCAUUUGUACUGCCUCGUGUUCUCUCGACUGCCUAUGUGCAUAAAUUCAUCGCUUGCUCCAAACCUCUCCUAUCUGUUUGUGAAAGUGCAAGCUGUUAAAGGGCAGGACAUGGAAACCCUUGCGAGGUUGCCAGAGCUCCGUAGCCUCACACUGAUAUUGUGUGAUACAACCAAAUUAGUUAAUAUAAAGAUUCCUUGCAAGGCUCAAGGUGUUGGCUACUACUUUCGAAAGUUGAGAAUCUUGAAGAUCGGUGGUGCACCUAUCUGGUUUGAUCUGCGCGAUUGCAUCAGCAACGGCAAUGUUGCAUCUGCUAUCAUGCCAAGUCUUGAAUCCCUUGUGUUUCAAGUCCAUGUGCGGCUCCUAAAAGAUGCGGCCCUGCUUAGUUUUGACAGGUUGCUUGGUUUUGAGAGCCUGGGAAGAGCAUCACUCCAGAGUGUCACCGUGACAGUGAACUGUGAAGGUGCCCGUAUUUUGGAUGUGGAGGAUGUGGAGGAUGCUUUGGAGCGCACGGCCGCCGUCCAUCCCAAACGUCCCAAUCUUAGAACAACACUGGAAGAAAAAAUGCACACAACCUACCUAGAGACAAGUAUGAAUGCUAGCAGAAUCCCUGACUUCGUACCGAAGGCCUGGAAGUCGGCGGACAUUGUUGACUCUAGACAUAUUCGAGCACUGCGUAUUCCACCAGAUCCAGAAGCAUCUUCCACCAAAGUUCUCCGUCUUAUGUAUGCAAAUAAGGGGAAUUAUGUUUUCACUCUCAGCUCCAAUGCUACUCUUAUGCUGCGGAAUUGGGGGCCCAGUGAAAAAAAUCCUCGUGGCAGGCCCACCACAUCUGUUCCACCUCUACUGUGGCAACCGGAAGAAGGCAUUCUAAUGACAAAUGACACAACUGAAGCCAACACUGGAGCAGUAGCUAGCUGCAUUGCCCUAUCAAAAAAUGAGAGCUAUAUAAUUUCUGCAUCUGAAGGCGAAAUCACGCUGUUCAACGCGAAGACAUUCAGGGCCUUCACUCCUUUCUUGGUACCUUCACCUGGCUCGACUUUCACCGCAGUCCACCCACAAGACAAUAACAUCAUUGCUAUUGGGAUGGAGGACUAUUCAAUUGAAAUCUUUGAUGUCCACACUAAUGAGGUCCAAAGGGUGCUUAUGGGCCAUCAGAAAAAGGUAACUGGACUGACAUUCUCGCAAUCGAUGAACGUGCUUGUAUCUUCAGGCGCUGAUGCUCAGCUAUGUGUUUGGAGCACUGACGAUUGGGAGAACAAGAAAUCAAGAUACAUCGGACCUCCAUGUAAUGGUUCUGCUUUAGUUGGUGAUACAAUGGUGCAGUUUCACUAUGACCAAACACAUCUUUUAGUAGUUCAUGAGAGCCAGUUGGCGAUCUAUGAUGGGAAGCUUGAAUGCCUACACUCGUGGUCCCCAAGAGAUGCACUCCCUUCUCCAAUUUCAAGUGCAGUAUAUACAUCCGACGGUCUCUUGGUCUACGCGGGAUUCCGCGAUGGAGCAAUUGGAAUAUUCGAAGCGGAAUCUCUUAGGUUACGAUGCAGGAUUGCAGCUUCAGCCUAUAUACCUUCUUCAAUACCUAGAGGUGGAGUCGUGUAUCCCAUGGCUGUUUCUGCGUAUCCCUGGCUGAAUCCUAACCAGAUCGCACUCGGCAUGAGCGAUGGUGCCGUUCAUGUGCUGGAGCCAUUGGAAGACUGAUCGGCUAGCGAGGUGACCUGCUGGUCAGCGGUGCAAAAUAAAUGUGGUUGUAGGCUGGCUGGCACUGUUAGAUAUCUAGGCAAUUUUCGAUAUAUUUUAAUUCCAAAUAUUAAUAUCAAUUUCAUGAUAUAAAUGAGUGAUAAGGUGUGUAUAAUA